AUGGAGACAGAGUACUCUAAACGAGUGUACCAGGGCGUCAGAGUAAAACACACUGUCAAAGACCUUUUAGCAGAAAAACGAUCCAGGCAAACAAAUGCACCAAGAUUCAGCACUAGUACAAGUUCCUCCCAACCAGCAUUUGUCCAGGUGCCUGGUUCUCAUAUGCUUCCUGGUUACUACAGUAUGCGAAGACCUUUCCUCUCCGAAUCUGAACUCUGUCACCCCAUGAAACAGUACCCCACGGACACCUAUUCCUCUGCUCUGGGGGGUAAAACCUUUUCUUAUGACCAUCCUUCCAGCUAUCCUUCCUUUAUCGACAGUUACUAUUCCCCCGACACCUUCGGAGACUACCGCGGAGCGUCAGCGUACACGGCCACGGGAGGGUCUCUCUUCCCAGCUUCCACUUUGCCCCCCCUGCUGCCCCCUCUGUCUGGAGACACGUCGCCACAUCUCCUCCUGAAAGACUCGUGGGAUCACCAGUCAGAGGAUCCGGGGAAUCAGCCAGAGGUCCUGUGUCCUGAGGGUCCGCCCCCAGUGACGGGCUCCCCUUCCCUGGGUGGGCCCGACUCCGGGAGCUCCUCUCCAUACCGGAUGUCCGGAAGUCGCAACGGUGGCACCCUCCCGUCUGGUUCCCAGCCGUACACUCUGCAGUCACUGGAGGACGUGCACUACCCCGCUGCUUCGUACUCCUCCAUCUCCAGUUACUCCUGUCCUCCGUACAUGACGGCCACCGGGGAUCUUACGGCGGUGAAAAUGUCGCCCGUGUCGUCCGAGGAGGCCAGCGGGGGUGCGGUGGUCCUCAGUGACACCACAUCCUGGGUCAAGGAUGACGGAUCUGGCACCUGGUUAUCAUAUGAAACUCGAAGGGCCUUUUGA